CUGUACGCGUUGCCGUGUUAAUACUGUCAGUCUGUCGAGUCAUAUCUGUCAAAAUAAAACAAAAAAAUAACAUAACAGAAUUAAGCAAGACGUAAUCGCGUGUCGUGUGGACCUGAGGAAGUGCCUUAAAGAAAAAAAAAAUCAAAGAAAUUUUUUAUUUAUUUAUAUAUUUUAUUGCGAGUGGAAACUGCUUUAUUUGGGUGAUUGAGUGCGUGAGUGCUCGAGGAGGAGAAAGUGUGAGGAGCGAAUAAACGUUGUCAACCUGGCGGCGUACCUCGAAGGACCCGCCAUUACACCCGUGGGGACUUUGACGUUAAGGGCCGGGUUGGCCCAUGUGCCCAUCGGGCCCAAUUUUAAUAGUUUGCAACAUUCUACCCACAAUAUAGGGAGGUGCGAGCAAGCAUCGGCAGCAGCAGCAGGCAUGCUGAUCGCAUGCGCCGGUUGUGACAAGCCGAUCCUGGACAAGUUCCUGCUGAACGUCCUGGAACGCACCUGGCACGCGGACUGCGUCCGGUGUUUCGACUGUCACGCCCCCUUGACGGACAAGUGUUUCAGUCGCGAGGGUAAACUGUUUUGUAGGACCGAUUUUUUUAGGAGAUACGGUACAAAAUGCGGAGGCUGUGGCCAAGGCAUCUCUCCCUCCGACUUAGUACGAAAAGCGAGAGACAAAGUGUUCCAUUUGAACUGUUUCACUUGCCUGGUGUGCCGAAAGCAACUGUCCACAGGAGAGGAGCUCUACGUAUUAGAUGAUAAUAAAUUUAUUUGCAAGGAAGACUACCUUAGCGGGAAUAAAGUCUCUAGUAUACCACAUCAACAAGAUUCGCUUCUAGGAUCCGCCUCGGAAGACGAGGAGGACGACGAGAGUAGUACAACGUCAUCUGUGUUAAAACAUCACUCCCUCCAUGGUUCCUUACCGCCAGCCCCUGGUGAAACAAACAACAACUCCUUACCUCACUCUGAUAUUAGUAAUUCGAUACAAGACCCAAAAGUAGAAAACGACUCAGAAGACCAAAACUCACUCGACGGCGACCCGGAAACCCGCGACUCCCAAACCGAAAACAAAAGUCCUGAUGAUAGCAGCGCGGGGUCGAAACGUCGUGGUCCCCGCACGACGAUAAAAGCGAAACAACUCGAAAUCCUGAAGACGGCUUUUUCGCAAACGCCGAAACCCACCCGGCAUAUCCGGGAGCAACUCGCCAAGGAGACUGGAUUACCUAUGAGGGUUAUACAAGUCUGGUUUCAAAAUAAACGGUCGAAAGAGCGAAGGUUAAAGCAACUAACCUCCAUGGGACGUGGUCCGUUCUUCGGUGGUUCGAGGAAGAUGCGAGGUUUCCCCAUGAACUUGUCGCCAGGUGGAUUAGAAGAUGGUCCACCGGGUUUCCCUUACUUUGCUGACGGUAAAUUCGAGUUUGGUUAUGGAGGUCCUCCGUUUCAUCCACACGACGGUCCAUUCUUUCCUGGACACCAUCCUGGAGGUGGACCCGGAGGUCAAGGAUUACCUUUUAACCAAGGAGGUAUGUUUCGUGGACCAAUGGAUCACGGAGGUCCGAUGCCGAUGGGCGCAGACUUCGGCGGUAUGCCGGGACAAGAAGGGGGCCAAUUCAUGCCUCAACCACCCGGUCCAGACCAAAUGAUGCCCGGAGGUCCCGGGGGACAAGGGGGAGGCCGUGGGGGCAGUCCAGAGUUCAUGUCCCCCGGAAAUUUCUCCGAUAACCCGCAGCAGUUAAACGAGGGGCUCGUUUGGUAGCUGGCAAAGGCUCUAGCCAAAAGAGCUAGAGAAUAAUUUUUUUUGUUUAUUUUCGGCUUUUUUUUUUCUCUCAUUGUGUGUAUAAACUUGCUUCCCACUAUAAUAGCGUCCGACGAUGAUGAAAUUGUUUUCUUUAUGUUCCUUUGUGCUAUUUAUUAGGUUGUAUUGUUACUGUUUUGUUGUUAACAUUAAUGCUCUUGGUACUUUCCUUCCCGAUUAUGAAAUGUAAAUAAAUAGAUACUUUACUGAUAUAGUGCAAAAAUUAGACAACAAAUUUUGUAAAUAUAUAAAUAUAUAUAUAAAGAUAGUGAUAUUGUAAAGGCAUUUGGUUUAUUUGUAAACUAAUCUUGGAUUCAUUUGGAGCUUAAGAUGAUUUUGUUACUUCACCUCUGCUGCCCUCCUCUCAAAAGUGCCAAGCAACUUUUUUAUUUAUAUAAUUUAUAUAAAACCUUGUAAAUAUAAUGCUACUAAACCUCGUAAUAACCAUAA